AUGGACAACAUGCUGAAAUUAAGAGUGAGAUAUUGUGUAAAGGACAUCGUUGAAAACUACAUCACAAGUUUUAAAAAGAAAGAAUUAUUGUUAGAAUUUGAAACGUACAAAAAAUUCAUGAAUGAAAACAUCGAAGAAUACAACAUCUCAGCAUCCGAUAACGAGACCAUUGCAACAACUCCAAUUUCCGACAGUGAACGUUUGUCAGAGUUGGAAACGUUGAGUUCCUAUCAGGCGUUGACCGCCAAUAAAAAAUACAACCUGAUGAUGGAUCUACAGGAAAAUUAUUUUGACGUCCUAACCAAUCGUUUCGUAAUAGACAUUGAAACAAAGUUUGAGCACUCGGACCAUGGUGUUCAACUGAAUGUAGCUAUUAAGCACAAAGAUAUCUACAACACUGCGUUGGCACUCCGAGGAGACUACAGACUGCCUUAUGUCAAGAAUAAAUUAGUUCACGAUAGUUGUCUCAUAUGUCUUGAGGAGUUUGUAGAAAAGUCAUUUGUGCGUGUCGUUGUUGCUUCAAUGUGGUAUGAUUACAACUACGAAGCCAACCUCAGAUCUAAUGGAACCACUGAUGUGGAAAUCCAGAUGUCCACCGUGCCAUUAACUGGAAGGGGAGUUGUGUGGAUGAAAAAUGCCGAUGACAAACGAGACAACACUUAUUUGAGGGUCUUCUUGGUGGCCAGAAAAAUUGAAAAAAGUAUAAAAUUGUUAAUUCUCAAAGUUGUGCAAAUAGAAAAAAUAAUUAGUAACAAAGAAAGCAUCCAACAAAACAAAAUCACGUGA